CAGCAUUCCUCAUCAUAACUCCACUCUGUUCACCCCAAAGCUAACCAUAUCACUGCUACAACAAAAACACAGAGAGAGAGAGAGAGAGAGUUGUUACAUUUAAUGGAGAUUUUGUCCUUCUUUAGUUACAUUCUCCUUUUUCUCGGGAAUCUUCUUUCAAAAUUUUUACCUAAAAAACGAAAGAGAAAUCCCAAACGAACUACUAAGCUUCCCCCGGGACCGAUGGGGUGGCCUUAUAUAGGAGAGACUCUCCAACUCUAUUCUCAAAACCCAAAUGUAUUCUUUGCUAAAAAGCAAAAAAGAUAUGGAGACAUAUUCAAAACUCACAUACUUGGUUGCCCUUGUGUUGUGCUGGCAAGUCCCGAGGCCGCACGGUUUGUGCUAGUGACUCAGGCUCGCUUGUUCAAACCCGCAUACCCCAAAAGCAAAGAGGAGCUGAUUGGCCCUUCUGCACUGUUUUUCCACCAAGGAGACUACCACAGUCAACUAAGGAAGCUGGUUCAAAGCUCAUUAUUUCCAGAAGCAAUUCGAAAAUUGAUUCCUGACAUCGAAGCCAUAGCAAUUUCUACCUUGGAGUCACGGGCUGGUGGGCAGAUCAUUAACACCUUCCAUGAGAUGAAGAAGUUCACUUUUGAAGUUGGCAUUCUUUUGAUCUUUAGUCACUUGGAUGGAAAAUAUAGGGAAGAACUGAAGGAGAACUACUGCAUAGUAGAUAAGGGUUACAAUUCUUUUCCAACAAAAAUACCAGGAACUGCAUACGACAAAGCACUCUUGGCGAGGAAAAGGCUUAGUCAGAUUCUAAGUGAGAUCAUCUGUGAGAGGAAGGAGAAGGGACAAUUAGAGAAGGAUCUCUUGGGUAAUCUACUGAACUUCAAAGACCAAAAGGGUCAGUGUUUAUCCGAGGAUCAAAUUGCAGAUAACAUCAUUGGCGUACUGUUCGCUGCACAAGAUACAACAGCUAGUGUCCUGACAUGGAUUCUCAAAUACCUCCAUGAUGAUCAGAAAGUUCUAGAAGCUGUUAAGGCAGAGCAAAAGGCGAUAUAUGACUUGAACACUGGAGGAAAGCAGUCCCUGACAUGGGCUCAGACUAGAAAUAUGCCGCUUACUUAUAGAGUCAUAUUGGAGAGCUUGAGGAUGGCGAGCAUCAUUUCGUUCACCUUUAGGGAAGCAGUGGUUGAUGUAGAAUAUGAGGGAUACCUUAUUCCAAAAGGUUGGAAGGUGAUGCCAUUGUUCAGGAGCAUUCACCAUAAUCCCGAACUCUUCACCAAUCCUCAACAUUUUGAUCCAUCCAGGUUUGAGGUUGCUCCGAAACCCCAUACAUUUAUGCCGUUUGGUAAUGGAGUGCAUGCUUGUCCAGGGAACGAGCUUGCCAAGCUGCAGAUGCUUAUUUUAAUCCAUCACCUGGUCACCAAAUUCAGGUGGGAGGUGGUGGGUUCCGAAAGUGGGAUUGAGUAUCGCCCGUUCCCAGUCCCUCAACAUGGUCUACCAGCCAAAUUCUGGGAAGAUUCCAGCACCCCAGAAGUAUGCCUCCAGCAGGAAAUCGCUUUACGACCUUAUAUUCAGAAAGCUACUCUUAAUUAAUAUGAUGACAUGUAAAUCGUUGUUUUCAAACUGCACUUAGUGCUAGUUAAUAAGAUAAUUGCACGUAAGAAGAUAUUAUAAUUUUUAAAUCUCGACCCUCUGUUUUAUGGGUCCAUCUUUCUCGCUAAUAUCAUUGUAAUUACAAGUUGGAAUUUUGUAACUACGAUGCGACUACCUAGUAAUAAAGAAGAGUAGUAGUGUACAAAAUUUCAUAGCCUUUAUUAAUCAAAGA